UUGAAACCAACCCUAAGCUCUUUUUAUCUCCGCCCUAAAGAUAAUCCCAAUUAUUGCUGACUUAAACAUCGGAGUGUCUACCCCGAGUUCCACCUUGGGACUUUGCAGGAAAGUCAACUUGCUAUCCUCGUCUUCGAAAUCACAUUUACUGGCACCCUCCAGCUGCCCUUCUCUAGUCAGCAAGCAGGUUACAGCUUCUUGUUGCGUUUUGCACUUCCGUGAAUCCCUUCUCAAAGAUCAACCGUUUUCUCGAUACAAUGAAUCCACCGCAACAGCACCUAUCGGAAACGGACCUUCCGGUUCCGCCCCUUUCCUCGCUCCGAAUCCAACCGUCUUCGCCACGUGUUCCGAUGACCAGCACCCCUACCUCUGGAGCCCAGCGUCGCAUCGCCAUCGCCGUUGAUCUCAGCGACGAGAGCGCCUAUGCCGUCCGUUGGGCCGUGCAGAAUUACCUCCGUCCAGGAGAUGCCGUCAUCCUCCUCCACGUUCGUCCGACCUCUGUUCUCUACGGUGCCGACUGGGGGUCCAUCAAGCCUCAGAUCACCCCUAACUUGGGAAAUAAUUAUGACAAUGCCAGUCCUCAGUACUCUGAUGAAGAGUCGCAGCAGAAGCUCGAAAAUGAUUUUGAUGUUUUCACCACAACGAAAGCAAACACGAUUGCGCAGCCGUUAGUUGACGCGCAGAUUCCGUUUAAAAUCCACAUAGUGAAGGAUCAUGACAUGAAGGAGAGACUGUGUCUGGAGGUUGAGAGGUUGGGGUUGAGUGCGGUGAUAAUGGGAAGCAGGGGGUUUGGAGCAUCGAGGAGGAGUAACAAAGGGAGGCUGGGGAGUGUUAGUGACUAUUGUGUCCAUCAUUGCAUCUGUCCAGUGGUGGUGGUGCGAUAUCCAGAUGAUGAUGAUGACCAAAAAGUUGGAGUGGAGAGGGCAGUAAAGAAGAAGUUGAUUGCUGACGAGCCAGAGCUCCAGCCCGUGCCAGAGGAGGAACAGGAGUACCAUGAUGCUGAGGAGGAACACAAAGAUGCUUACUGAGUUUUCAAAGUGAUGGCAUAAGCCUAUCAAUUCGGAAAAUGAUCAAAGGCAACAGAAAACAUCAAAGGCUGUUAUGGGAGCUAAGAAGUUUGAAAACCUUGUUUGGUGAUGGAAUUUUAUGCUUUUGUAUAGAUGAAUAUGACUUUGUUUUUCUGAUAAUUGUCCAUUUUCAAGUAUGACAUGGUAUUACUGAAUUUCUUUGGAAUGUUUAGAAGCUUUCUGCACAGUAUGCAGUAUGACUGCUCGUCUAUUUCUGGCUUAUGCCUCCAAAGGUAGAUUUUAUAGCUCUUUAAAAUUUCCGUUCAUUCAUAGGAUUGCUCCUAGGUUUUGCCCUAAUUUGUGAGUGCAUGGUUACACCAAGAUUGUUUCAGUGUUGUGUGAAUGGUUAGGGAAGACAGAAAGAAACCAGGGCAAAGGAAUGAGGGAUGUCUUUCUUGAAACUCUUCUCAUAGCAGAAGCCAUAACUAUAGUUAAAUGUUAUUUUGAUUUGCAAUUUUGGCUUUUCUAGAAACCCUGUCUCUUUCCUUUCCUUCUUUUCCCUCGAUUACCUCAAUCCAAACAAAGAGUGAUAUCACACACCUGAUCUUAUAAGUCGAUUGGUAAUGGUGUAUAUCACUUAACUCUAUGGGUUGGGUUUAAUCCCCUCUUUUCCAAAAUUUGCCCUUGAUCAAAAAAAAAAAAACAAAGGGUGAUAUCAAUUGUAAUUUUGAAUGCUGGACUUCAGAAGAAGAAAUAUCCACUGAAUGU